AUGGGAGAACAAGGAUCUUCUUCCAGCACCUCAGCAUCUUCUUCUUUGUCGGAAUCCAUGGCAAAUUUCACUGUUCCGACACCGCUGAAGUUUCUCAUGUCGAAUCUGAAGUCCAUCGUCAAUGUCCAGCUAUCAAGCGACAACUAUGCGAUCUGGAGACUUCAGAUCUUCAAAUCGUUCUCUGCAAACGGCUUUGAUGGAUAUCUCACCGGAAAAUCCACUUGCCCAUCCGAGCAGAGCACCGACCACCGUCUAUGGAAGCUCAUAGACCAGAAUCUGGUUUCAGCACUGAUUUCUACCAUCUCACCUUCAGUCCUGCCUUAUAUCAUUCAUUUAUCUACCUCGAGCGAAAUCUGGGCAACGCUCGAAACCCGGCUGCAACCCACCAACAGAUCGAGAGUAAUACAGCUCAAACAUGAGCUCCACAAUGUGAAGAUGGGGAACCAGUCGAUUGCGCAAUAUCUCACUCAAAUCAAAACCAUUAUAGACAAUAUCGUAGCGGCUGGAUCGAAUGUGGAUUCUGAAGACAUAAUAAUCUUCAUCUUAAAUGGGUUACCGGCGACUUAUAACCCUCUCAAAGCAGCAAUCAGGACCUCCCCACAUUCCCUUAAUCUCGAAGGCUUAUACUCACUGCUAUGCAGUGAAGAAAUACACAUUCAAAAUGAGCUUCAACGGGAUACAUAUUCCCCUUCAGAAAAUCAAGCCUUAUAUACCAACAGAACACCCGUUUCUCGUGACAGACAGGGAAAACCGAAUCGUGAUGAUGCUUCAAUCGAAUUCACCUCCCUAGGUGAGGGCUCCGAGGAAACUUGA